CGGUUGGAAACCUUUUCCAAACGGUCAUUAAUCACUUUUCUUACCUCUGCAUUUUCUUUUUCUUUUUGGUAAUCGCUGCCAAUUUGGUUUCGAGCGCACCAAUUUCAGGGGGAUUACCUCUGCAUCUUUACUCACCGCUGUUUCAAUGCUUUCUUACUUUUGCCUUUCUCGAAACCGCACAAGAAUUUCAUCUUUCACUCCUUCGUAAUUUACGAACACUUCCAAUUUUCUGUAGCGACAUUUGAUUCAUCAUAGUGCUAAGGACUCGUACUAAGAUAAACGGCCACUUUAUUGCCUAAUUCAUUGUUUGAUGUGUUAGUUACAUUCUUACAAAAGGGGUUCUCGUGGGAUGGUUGAUUUUUCAAGAAUCAAGACUAUAUAUAUCUGAUCAUCAACAAUGGACUGGAAAAAGAAUGCAUUUUUGGAUCAGUUUCCUUGUUGGACAACAUCUCCAAGAAGAAGAAAGGUAGUUUCUGGCUUCGGUUUAGGAUUAGUGGCUUCAAUGUUUGUAUUAAGUGUUGUAUCUUUUAAUGUCUCGUCAUUUAUGGCUCCUUUAAUAAACCCUGUUUUGAAAGGGUUCAAUAUUUUUGCAUCCCGUAAUCACAAUACUACUAGCUGUAUCCUUUCUUGGCCUGUCUAUUUCUCAAGGACAACUUCUUGUUGUAAUGCUAGUUCCUGUAAUGGUACCAUAACAACUAAUAAUGUGGAAUAUUUUAUGGUUACGAAUGGAACUCAUGAUAGAAAUGUGUCUGAAAGUAGGAAAUUUAUUUAUUCUGGUGGGAAAGGAGAGGUUUUGCAAAAUGCCCAUGUUGGAAAUUUGUCUGAGAAGGUGAAAAAUGGAAACUUGAGUGUUGAAGUUGAAGGAGGGAAGGCUCAAGAUGAGUCCCUUGUGAUAAAUGGAUCACUGGAUGAUAAAAUCGGAAACUUCACUAAUCUGGGUAACUUUUCCAACAAUGUGGGAAAUCAAAAUGUUACUGCUGGAGGGCCGAACGCCCAAGAGCAAACUUCUUAUCAGAAUGCCGUUUCUGUAGAGCGUCCAAAAAGUGGGGGGGAUGAGGUUCCUAAAGGUAGUAUUCUUGGUAAUCUGACGGUUAGCAAAGAAGAGAAGUCUCCAGAGACAAACGACAGAGGAAUAUCGUCCAGGGAAAGUAACAGCAUUAAAGGGAUGAUGAAUUCUAACAGUUUGAAUCGGAAUUGUAACAUCUUUGAUGGUAGAUGGGUGAGAAAUGACGCAAAGCCAUACUACCCUCCUGGUUCUUGCCCGUACAUUGAUAGGGAUUUUGAUUGUUACCUUAACAAGAGGCCGGAUGAUAACUUUUUGAAGUGGAAAUGGCAGCCAUACAACUGUGACAUCCCAAGUUUGAAUGCCACUGACUUUCUGGAGAGACUGCGAGGGCAGAGAUUGGUCUUUGUUGGGGAUUCGUUGAACAGAAACAUGUGGGAAUCUCUUGUUUGCAUCCUUCGCCAUAGUGUCUCAGACAAGAAAAGUGUUCAUGAGAUAUCUGGAAAAACAGAAUUUAAAAAGAAAGGUUUCUAUGCAUUCAGAUUUGAGGAUUAUAAUUGCUCAGUGGAUUUUGUCAGUUCUCCUUUUCUUGUUAGAGAAUCAACAUUCAAUGGUAAAAAUGGUUCCUUUGAGACAUUGAGAUUGGAUUUGAUGGACAAAUCAACUUCAAUGUAUUAUGAUGCUGAUGUUCUGGUUUUUAACACGGCUCACUGGUGGACUCAUGAGAAGACCUCUAAAGGGGAAGACUAUUAUCAAGAAGGUAAUCAUGUGCAUGGAAGACUGAAGGUCCUAGAAGCAUACAGGAGGGCUCUUCGCACAUGGGCUAGGUGGGUGGAUAAGAGCAUAGAUAAAACAAGAAGUCAGGUUGUAUUCAGAGGAUACUCGGUAAUGCAUUUCAGCGGAGGCCAAUGGAACUCACGAGGGCAGUGUCAUAAAGAAACUGAGCCAAUAUUGAAUGAAACUUAUUUAGCAAAAUACCCUUCAAAAAUGAGAGCUCUAGAGCAUCUGCUUCAUAAAAUGCGGACUCCAGUGGUGUAUCUGAACAUAAGCAGACUCACGGAUUUUAGAAAAGAUGGCCACCCUUCAAUUUACAGAAGAGAGUACAAGACGUUGAAAGAACAAAUUGCUGGUGAGCUUAAUCAAGAUUGCAGUCAUUGGUGCUUGCCUGGAGUACCAGACGCGUGGAAUGAGUUACUAUAUGCUUCUCUCUUGAAGACCGGCAGAGGAUCUUGGAGAAACUGAAUCAUAUAAGUUUUUGAAAUGUAGGUGUCAUGUUAGCUGAUUUUCCGAAUUUAUUUUUUCCGUAAUGCAUGGUAUAAAUUGCAUGUCCCUAAGGUGGGCGGUUUUCGGAUUUGAAAUUCGCCUGGACAGUGUUUUACAUGAUACCAGGAUUCCGAGAUCAGAUAAUGACAAUUCGUGCUUCUUGGCAAAUUUGUACUGUCAACACGAAUCAUACUCCUGUAAUGUAUUGAAGCAAAAUGAAGGGUGCUACUGAUUAGUAGCAUUAUUGUACUUU